AUGACAUUCCGACGGGGUAAAGAUCGCCGCAGCAACAUGCACAGCAACAUCAACAAUCUCAACAACAACAACAAUAAUAAUAAUAAUAAUAAUAGCAGUAGUAAUCAGCAACUGAACUACCGAUCCCUACACAACCGGAAUCUCUCAAACCUUGCGCAGCCUUCCGACUACGAAUCUGACAUCCCAAACAACUACAUCUCGGACUCCCAAGCCCCCAACGGCUCCUCCAUGGCCACCGAUCCCUCCCAGCUAAAAACCCCCUCACGCACAAACGAAGAGCUGAACUUAUCUGUUCUCCAGCGCCACAAUCCGGCAAUCCACUCCAUUCUCUCCCUGGCCCCAUACGCCGUCGUCUACAUCUUCAGCGCCACCAAGCAGCUAUGGGAGAAGAGCGGAAUAGAGGGCACCUUGUUUGUCUGCCAGUUGACCCAGGGUGAGCUUGGCGAGGAGCGCUAUAGCGUGCUUGUUCUGAAUCGACGCGGUAUGGACAAUUUUGAAGCCCGGCUGACCGACGGCGACGACGUGGAAGUUACGGAGGAAUAUGUUAUUUUGAAAGUUGAAUCGACGGGCGCGGAACCGGGCGCGAGCACGAUCAAAUCAGCGGGUGGUCGUGAGUCGGUAAUUUACGGAUUAUGGAUCUUUUCCGAACCUGCGCCUAGCUCUACGGCUGAGGCUAGGACGUUGAAUGCCCGGAUUAUCAAGGAGUAUGCUGUGCAUGGUGGGGAGAGUAGGAAGUUUGCGCUGGAGAGGGCUGUGGUAGAGCGGAGAAAUAACGUCCUUGUUGGUGCGGCUCAUGUUGAUCAGCAUGGCGAUGAGGGAGUGCAACAGGGUGGUGUUCCCAUGGGCCGGCAGAUUUCCCUGAAGGAACUGUUCGGUCAGCAGAGGCAGCAGGAUGACGAGUGGAGUGUCAAGGUCCAUAGCCCCUCGUUGCGAAAUGUUGAUUUGGAAACGCAGUUGGCCCAGCAAAAUCUGCAAUCGGGAUAUUUUCAGCAACAAGAGAAUGGGAACUGGCCAGUACCCCCUGCUGCGCCGCCGACAAAUGGAGCCAGAAAUGAUGUCCUUGGCGCUCUUUUCCGGAAAGCGUAUCAGGGCCCUACUAAGUGA